AUGCAGUUCAACUGUAGCGCGACAUCACGUCUGCAAAAGGAGUUUAUGGAGCUCAUGAUGGGCGGAACCGAGGGCAUCUCAGCCUUUCCGCAGAACGACAAUCUCUUCCACUGGAUUGGCACCGUGCAGGGUGCGCCCAACACCGUCUAUGAGGGACUGGAGUACCAGCUCUCCCUUGAGUUUCCCUCGAACUACCCGUUCGAGGCACCCGUUGUGCGCUUUCUGACGCCGUGCUUUCACCCAAACGUUGAUACAUGUGGGACGAUUUGCCUGGACAUCCUGAAGGAUAAGUGGAGCGCUGUCUACACUGUAUCGAAUAUUCUGCUCUCCAUCCAGAGUCUACUUGACAACCCAAACAAUGAGUCACCACUCAACAAACGUGCCGCGGCGCUGUGGGGUAAUAAAGAGGAGUACCGCCGCGAGGUCCUCCUGGCGCGCAGGGACGCUGUGUCUAGCGCGUCAUGA